AUGCAAGAAAUCAAAGUAAGACAGCAUUUCUUACCUCACCAUCCUGUCUUCUCGGAGAAUUCGACGACCAAAGUUCGACCCGUUUUUGAUGGUUCAGCUAAAGAAAAGAAUGCACCUUCUAUUAAUGACUGCCUCGAAAAGGGACCAAAUCUUGUUGAACUCAUUCCAUCUCUCAUAAAUCGCUUUCGUGUUGGAAAAUAUGGGGUGAUAUCUGACAUCAAGAAGGCCUUUCUGCAAAUUGGAUUACAAGAACGAGAUAGACCAUAUCUCAGAUUUUUAUGGAAGGAUAGAGGAAAAGAAGGAAAUAUCAAGAUCCUGCAGCACAAAAGAGUUGUGUUCGGAAUAUCCUCCAGUCCUUUCCUUCUGGGAGCUACAUUAGAAUUUCAUUUAAAAAACGCUUCAUAUCAUCUCAAGGAAACAGCUCAGCAACUUAUGAGGUCUUUCUACAUUGAUAAUUGUGUUUUCAGCGUCAACAGAAAAGAAGAACUCGCUAGAUUUAUUUCGGAAUCGCAAGCACUAUUAUCUACUUCCAUGUUUGAACUUCGAGGGUGGGAUCAUUCUCCUAUUGAAGACAAAACUGAAGAAAUGCAAGAAGACCGAAAGGUUCCAGUUCUUGGACUUCUGUGGAAUUUGCCAAAGGAAACUAUAUCUCUAGAUUUGAAAAGUUUGAUAAAAGAAGGUAAGGGAACUAUUACAAAAAGAAAAAUCCUAUCAACCGUUCAUCGAAUCUUUGAUCCGAUAGGAUUUUCUUGUCCAGUGACUCUAGAGCCCAAAUCUUUGUUGCAGGAAUGUUGGAAAUUGGGGCUCUCAUGGGAUGCUGAAUUCUCUCAGCUGAUAACCGAAAUAUUCGAACUCUGGAAGAUGAAAUUACCGAAAUUGAAUGCUCUUGAAAUACCAAGAUGUGUACGUGAGGACUUUGCAGAAGAUUCCAAAUUUUCCAUCCAUGUUUUCUGUGACGCAAGUCAGAGUGCCUACGCUACAUGUAUCUUCUUGAGAGCUGAAUCUGCUGAUAGCACGUCGUGCCAGUUAAUACAAGCUAGAAAUAGAGUUGCUCCUUUGAAAAAGAUCUCUAUUCUACGCCUAGAACUUUUGUCCUGCACAAAUGGAGCUAGAUUGGCAAAAACAACCAUCUCCGAACUUGGACUUGAGAACAUACCAAUCUUCUACUGGUCUGACUCCAUGAAUGCUUUGUAUCGGAUCAAAAGAAAUGAGAACUGGGCCACGUUCGUUUACAACAGGGUACUGGAAAUCCGUAAACUCACUAAUCCUGAAAACUGGAGGCACAUAAAUGGAACAUUAAACCCAGCUGACCUUCCAUCACGAGGUUCCAAUGCAGAGGAACUUGUGAAGUCUCUUUGGUGGAACGGUCCAAAUUGA